AUGUCUGAUAAGGCAGCACCAAGUGUGAACAUACUCCCAGAGAGCGCCCGAAUCACUUGCAGAGAUUACAAAAAACUGGUCGACAAUGGUGAACCUCAUCUAUUGUUGGAUGUACGACCUGCACAUCACUUCCCAAUAGCUUCGAUUUCUCCAUCUCUGAACAUCCCGCUCUUCAUGUUGGAAGAGAAGCUGCCUACACUUGAAACCUCACUGAAGGAAACAGGAGAGGCGUCAACCUUGGUUGUCCUGUGUAGAAGAGGCAAUGACUCUCAAAGAGCUGUCAAGAAAGGAUUUGCCUCAGCGAAGGAUAUCAUCGGUGGGCUGCAGGCGUGGGGACGAGAUGUUGAUCCUGAUUUCCCUGUGUACUAG